CUCGGCGCUGCAAAAAAUUUUUUCUAGAUCUGAGCCCCUGGAGAAAAGUCCUUGGCAGUGGCUUCCUUGUUGUCUCUGUUCAGAAAUGCAGGAGCUUGUACAACACCAUGCUCUGAUUUGUCAAUGACCGCUGAAAAUCUGUUCUACAGACCCCCUGAGGUGGACCCAUUGUUGUCUAGAGUUGGGUGGCAAAUACAAUGGAAAAAUGGCAGCAGCUGAAUGGUUAGCAGGAAGAUCCUGGUGGCCUUGCCAGUAUUUUGUCCUGGAAUGGCAUGGAACAAGACACCUACAGACAUGUUCUUUGCCUUUAAUACGAGUACCCAGUUCACCGCCUCUGGUUCCACAUCCUUGCCAGUCUCACUCAGGAUAUUAAUGGCUACAGUAAUGCUCCUCAUGAUUGCCAUUGGAUUCUUAGGCAACACCAUUGUUUGCUUGAUUGUUUACCAGAAGCCAGCCAUGCGUUCAGCAAUAAAUCUGCUGUUAGCUACGCUGGCUUUCUCUGACAUUAUGUUGUCUUUGGUCUGCAUGCCAUUUACCGCAGUCACCAUUAUUACAGUAAGGUGGAAUUUUGGAGCUCACUUCUGCCGCAUAUCUGCCAUGCUUUACUGGUUCUUUGUCUUGGAAGGAGUCUCAAUACUCUCAAUCAUUAGUGUGGACCGAUUCCUCAUCAUCGUCCAGCACCAAGACAAGCUGAACCCUCACCGUGCCAAAGUCAUGAUAGCUGUUUCAUGGGUCUUCUCAUUCUGCGUCUCCUUCCCUUCCGUUGUUGGGUGGACAUUUGUGGAAGUGCCAACCCGGGCUCCCCAGUGUGUCCUUGGGUACACCGAGUUCCCUGCAGACCGAGCUUAUGCAGUGACGCUGCUUGUGGCCACUUUUUUCGUCCCUUUUGGCAUUAUGUUGUAUUCGUACCUUUGCAUCCUGAACACUGUCCGUCGGAACACAGUCCGGAUCCACAACCAUACAGAGAACAUCUGCCUCAGCCAGGUGAGCAGGUUAAACCUGGUAGGACUGCAAAAGCCUCACCAAAUUAAUGUGGACAUGAGCUUCAAAACUAGGGCUUUCACUACAAUCUUUAUUCUGUUUGUUGGUUUUUCCGUAUGCUGGCUUCCACACACGGUCUUCAGCCUGAUGUCUGUCUUCAGCCGACGGUUCUAUUACAGCCCCUCUUUCUAUAUCAUCAGCACUUACAUGCUGUGGCUGAGUUACCUCAAGUCAGUUUUCAACCCCAUCAUCUACUGCUGGAGAAUCAAGAAAUUCCGUGAGGCCUGUCUGGAGUUCAUGCCAAAAACAUUUAAAAUCUUUCCUAAAGUGCCUGGACGGACAAAACGGAGAAUAAGGCCAAGUGCAAUAUACAUCUGCAGUGAUCCCCCAUCUGGAGUUUAGAAAUAAACCAUGAUCAUGAAUUUGUUAGGAACAAGAAACAACAGCUGAUAGUAAGACAGGAUUUGUUUUGGUCAAAAUUUGGAAUGAAUCCAAGUUAGUUUUGUGGAUACCUCUGGCUCAUGGCUUGUUCAAGAAAUUCUUUGAUUAUUUCUUCCACCAUUUUCACUUGUUAUUGUCCUGCAUCUCUAUGGACUGGCAAGAGGCUUGGGUGAAACACAUAAACCCAGAAUUCAUAUAUAACAAGCCAUGGUUAAAACAAGUUGGGGUUUGUAAGACAGGAUCAAACCGUGAUUUCAAAUUAUGCUUCAUAUUAUGCUUUGUGGUCUCAUAAUGAACUCUUAGGUAGGUCAUCCUGGUAAAAGAAAUCCUGGGUCAGUGGUUAUCAGUUCUGAAAUGAGAAAUAUUUCUUCUAACACUGCCUUUGUUAAUACCAUCCUGCAAUACUGUUUCAUGUAUUAGCUGUGCAUCAUAUUUGAGAUUUGUCCAUGUUUUAAGUUGAAUUAUAGCACAUUAACUUAAUCUUACCCUCAGAAUAACUAAAAGUGUGGUUUUAUCAAAUCUACUGCCAAUAGUAACACUGCCUUUGUAUUUUCUUCCGGUUAAAAGAAUAAACAUCAACAUGCCUGCUUUUUUA